GAUUGUCGUUUUUUACGGUCCAAAGCAAACCAAAAACACUUUGAAUCUCAAAGUAAUCGUGGCAAAGACCCUAUAAGAAAAAUUGUGAAAAUAUGUCUUAGUGUAGGAUACAUAUAUAUAUACCCAGUACUCGAGUUCCCGUACUGUGUUUUCCAGCUCAAAGGGCGAGCCUUUCUUUUUCUUUUUCUUUUUCACGGAGAAUGCAACGAAGCAAAUCUCUGCAAAUCUCGCAAUUUCGUCAUCUUAUCUUCCUCCUCAGCAAAACCCACUUCUCGUCUUCCACUAAAACCCUAACCCAUGUUAAGUUCCCGCCGUCCGGCGAUGAUCCUCUGUACGCAGACGUACCGAAGCCCCAAAGGGACAAAUCGGAGAGGAAGCCAUAUCCGACGCCGAUGAAGGAGUUGAUUCGGCGUGCCAAGGAGGAGAGAGAACUGAGAAAAGCGCAGCCUUGUCGGGUUCUGGAGGAUCCGCCCGACAACGGUUUGCUCGUGCCCGAACUCGUCGACGUGGCUCACCGAGUCCACCGAGCCCGCGCCUCGCUCCUCUCUGGUCUUGCUAGAAUAGUCCGCGUCAUUACUAUUCAUCGAUGCAGAUUCUGUACUGAGGUUCAUGUCGGCGAAAGUGGUCAUGGCAUCAGGACUUGUACGGGCCCAAAAAGCGGAUUGCGUGCUGGAACGCAUGUCUGGAAAAGGGGAAGAGCAAACGAUGUUGUGUUCUUCCCUAAAUGUUUUCAUCUCUAUGACCGUGUUGGCAGACCAAGAGUUCUCCAUGGUGAGAUGUUUAGUGUCCCUAGGAUUCCUGCUGUUUUAGAGCUAUGCAUUCAGGCUGGUGUUGACAUAGAAAAAUUCCCGGCUAAGAGAAGAACAAAACCCGUGUAUAGUAUCGAAGGACGGAUCGUGGAUUUUGAAGAUUUUGAUGGGAAUGAGGAAGAGGUGAAUCCUGUUUCACUGGAAAGUCACUGUGAUGAUCCUCAGGAGACUGGUAAAACCGAAAACUUAGGUGAUGAUAUUCGGGAAGAGGAGAAGAGCGUAAAGGAGUUAAGCAUUGAGACAAUGGAGUCGUGGUUCGAAAUGGUUUCAGGAGUGAAGAGAAUCAUGAAGAAAUACAAAGUUUGGACAUGUGGGUAUUGCCAAGAGGUUCAGGUUGGUCCAAGAGGGCACAAAGUGAGGAAGUGUAAAGCCACAAAGCAUCAGAUGCGUGACGGUAUGCAUGCAUGGCAAGAGGCAACCAUCGAUGAUAUCAUCGGUCCGAACUACGUAUGGCAUGUCCCUGAUUCGGGUAGGUCUGUUCUCGACAAUAGCUUGAAGAGGUACUAUGGAAAGGCUCCGGCAGUAGUGGAGCUGUGCGUGCAGGGCGGUGCAGCCGUGCCUGACCAGUACAAGAGCAUGAUGAGGUUGGAUGUGGUUCCUCCUGGACGAGAUGAAGUGGAUCUUGUUGCGUGACUUUUGUCUGCUCCUUUCCCCUUUUAGCAAGGUUUGAUCGAACAGAUUGAAUCAUUUCAGAACGCAGAUGGUUCAUGAACCUAUAGCUCUCCUGGUGGUUCUUCUCAAGAUGCUACUGAUAUAGUUAUCAGUUACUUGUAUAUGUAUGGAUGUAUGUCUCUCUCUGAAUUUGUCUGAAUGUUGUGAAGAAGAAGCAUUUGAUGAACCAAACAGCAACUGUUUCUUCAUGUUCUUGAUAAAAGAAAGAAGGAAAAGAAAAAGCUGUUUCAUAAAAUUCUGUUAGAAGAUGCA